GAGCCGUCAUGUCCUAUAGGAAUUCUCCCCAUUUCGGUUGCCAUUUCAUAAUUUGGAGCUACAAAUCCAUGGUAAAAAUCGUAUCUAAGGAAUAUUAAAUUUUCAACUCAGUGGCAUUUGAAACCCGCAGCUGAUUGAGUUGAAGCAAGGAUGAUUGCAACAUUAUCUGGUUCAAGAAGAAGAAUCUCUACUUUUUGUUAUCUAUGUGACAGAAGGAAGCAGACAGACAGCGAAAUUGUUAAAAUGUUUCAACUUUCAAUUCCUAAAGUGAACACAGUAAAUUAUGCCUUGAAUCGGACAUCUUCACGAAGAAAUAGUGCUGUAAGGACAUUGGAUGAGAGGUUCAUUAGGAUUUUAAAGAUAUUUAAGUGGGGUCCUGAUGCUGAAAAGUCUUUAGAGGUCCUACAGAUGAAAGUAGAUCAUCAAUUGGUUCGUGAGGUAUUGAAAGUAGAUGUAGAGGUCACUACAAAAAUUGAGUUUUUCAAGUGGGCUGGGAAAAGAAGGAACUUUGAGCAUGACUCCACUACAUACUUGGCUUUGAUCCAUUGUCUUGAAGAAGCAGGGUUGACAGGUCAACUAUGGAGAACAAUCCAAGAAAUGGUGAGGAGUAAAUGCCUAAUUUCCCCUAGUGAACUUUCUGAGAUUGUGAGGAUUUUAGGGAGAGCAAAAAUGGUAAGCAAAGCUCUUGUUGUAUUUUACCAGAUCAAAGGUCGCAAGUGCAAGCCAACUGCAAACACUUACAACUCUGUAAUUUUAAUGCUGAUGCAAGAAGGUCAGCAUGAUAAAGUUUAUGAGCUUUACAAUGAAAUGUGUACUGAAGGUAACUGUUAUCCAGACACAGUAACAUAUAGUGCACUUAUAUCAGCAUUCACAAAACUAGGCCAAGAUGAUUCUGCUCUGAGGUUGUUUGAUGAAAUGAAGGAGAAUGGCUUACAUCCCACUGCAAGGAUAUACACUACUUUGUUAGGAGUUUACUUCAAGAAGCGUAGCAUUGAAAAGGCUCUAGGGUUAGUCCAUGAGAUGAAGGAAAAAGGCUGUGCUCCAACUGUUUAUACUUACACUGAAUUGAUAAAGGGCCUUGGCAGAGCUGGUAGAACUGAAGAAGCUUAUUCUAUAUUCCUUAAUAUUCUAAAAGAUGGUUGUAAACCUGAUGUUGUACUACUAAAUAAUGUCAUGAAUAUUCUAGCAAGGGCAGGACGCUUAGCUGAUGCUCAUAAACUGUUUGAGGAAAUGGAGUCCUUAAAUUGUACUCCAAAUGUGGUGACCUAUAAUACUGUUAUAAAGUCUUUGUUUCAAUCCAAAGGUCCAGUACCUGAAGCUUCAUCAUGGUUCGAAAGGAUGAAGGCAAAUGGUGUUGCUCCAAGCUCUUUCACUUAUUCAAUAUUUAUUGAUGGGUAUUGCAAGACAAACAGGGUUGAAAAGGCUUUGAUGCUGCUUGAGGAGAUGGAUGAGAAGGGUUUUCCUCCCUGUCCAGCUGCCUAUUGCAGCUUGAUUAACAGUCUUGGAAAAGCAAAACGCUAUGAAGCUGCAAAUGAGUUAUUUCAGGAGCUAAAGGAGAAUUGUGGGUCUUCAAGUGCUAGGGUAUAUGCAGUGAUGAUAAAACAUUUUGGUAAAUGUGGACGUUUUUCUGAGGCUGUUGAUCUUUUCAACGAAAUGAAAAUGUUGGGAUGCCGUCCUGAUGUCUAUGCAUACAAUGCUCUUAUGUCAGGGCUUGUAAGGGCUGGCUUGGUAGAUGAAGCUCAUUCCUGGCUUCAAAAUAUGGUAGAAAGUGAUUGUGUUCCUGAUAUUAACUCAUACAAUAUAAUCCUAAAUGGUUUAGCCAAGAAAGGUGGUCCACAACGUGCAAUUGACAUGUUUAUGAAAAUGAAACAAUCUGACGUUAAACCAGAUGCUAUCUCAUACAACACCAUUCUUGGUUGUCUCAGUCGUUCUGGUAUGUUUGAGGAGGCUGCAAGGUUGAUGAAAGAGAUGCAUACAAAUGGUUUUGAAUAUGAUCUUAUUACAUACACAUCAAUACUUGAAGCUGUUGGUCAGUUUAAUGAAGAUCAUACAAGUAGAGCUUUGUGAAAGCUGUGUUUUUGAGGACUUGCUACUAAAUGCCUAAAUAGCAAAGCUAGAAAGCACAGGAUGUGUGUCCAAGUUCAUAUGACUCAUAUGUUUUGUUCUGGUGGCUUUUCUACUGCUGCAACUUGUACCAUUUUUGUAAAGGAAAAAUAUUUGAUACACUGACGGUGUAUAGGUGCAAAAUAUUUUUCCUUUUGUAAAAGGAUCUAAAUAUUCACCUAUGUGAACCACAGAGUAAUCCCGAA